AUGGCGAGCAGCAGGAGAGAGCUAACGAUGCUUAGCGAAAUCUGUAAAAGCAUUGCCCUGUUGAUACUCAUUUCGGCUACUUGGAGCAUGCGCCUGUCGAGCGGAAAGAGCUGGUCCCAUACCAUAUCGAAGGACAUUAGACAGAACGAAACAAAAACGGGUAUAAUCGAGCCGGGCGAAACGGUCAGUGUCGUAAACACUUCAGGACGUGACUUAUUGUAUCUGCCUCCAGGGGACACAGAAGUGUACAAUGUGGCAAGUGACGUGUGCCAGACAACAAUUCCGACUCGACUAUCUACAUUGUUUUCUACCUCGGAUAAUCUUGAGUGGGUCGAGACUGGGCAUACAAGAACUCUAGUUAUUCCUUCCGACGUCGUUCCCGAGAAGGUGACAGUCCAGUUUUGCUUUCAAGUGCUGGACCCGAAGAAGAACAAGCGUCUAACAACGAUAAUCAAGGUGGCGGGAGCGAAGAGCCUCUCCACUGCUUUGAGCUUGUUCCUCGGUCUCCCUCUGUUGGUGGCGACCGUGGUGUUUAUGUCGUGA